CUCAUUGCUGUCUAUCGCGUCGCGUGGUCGCGUCUAUUCUUCGCUCAUUUACCUUGUUUUAUCUACAAUAAGUAACAUUGGUCUUUUGCUUUGUUUUUAUUGUGUAUAGCUUUGCAUUCAGUAACGUAAUUACUGAUUGAAUUUAGUGUGCGCUAUAAUUUUUUAAAUAUUGAUUCUUUCGCUAUUCAUACCAGUGUAAACGGGAAAAGCUAAGCAUAAAAUAUCAGAAAUGGCGGAUAGAUCAAGUAAUGGACUUCAACAAGAUAAUCUCGGUGAUAGUCAGGAGGAGAGACAACAAUCAGAAAAAGCUAAUGAAUAUAUUCGAGAACUCAUGCAAGAAAAGCUCGAUGUCGACAACUCCAAGUGUCCCAAUGCUGCGCGUCUUCUUGAUCAAGAGAUUUCCAAGACCCAAGCCUCUGGAAAGACCACCAAGGACCAGAAGUACGUCGACAUUUAUCGCGAGAAGCCGAUUAGGGUGUCAGUCAAGGUGCUCGUUCCCGUUCGUGAACAUCCUAAGUUCAACUUCGUGGGUAAGCUGUUGGGUCCCAAAGGCAAUUCCAUGAAGCGUCUGCAGGAGGAAACGAUGUGCAAGAUGGCUGUUCUCGGUCGGGGAUCUAUGAAGGAUAGGCAGAAGGAAGAAGACCUGCGCAAGUCAUUGGACCCGAAGUAUGCUCACUUGACGGACGACUUGCACGUGGAGAUAAUAGCAUUGGCACCACCAGCCGAAGCACACGCCCGCAUUGCUUUCGCUUUGGCCGAGGUGCGCAAGUACCUGAUUCCCGACAACAAUGACAACAUCCGCCAGGAGCAGAUGCGCGAGAUGGAGCACAUCGUUGAGGAGCCCAUCGAGGAGAGACGACCAAGUGCACGAGGAGGUAUACUCAGACCAGUUGGCAGACCUGUACCACCAGGACCACCUGCUAUGCGUGGACCAGCUAGACCAAUUCUUCCACCCCCACCAGCGCCACGCGGACCAGCUGCUCGUCCCGUAGCGGCCAAGACUAAAGUUUUCUCGAUUUUGGAUCGCGCUAGAGUUGCUAUGGAUCAAAGCUAUGGGUACGAGUCGACCCCACCACCAACAGCCGGCCGUGCCUCUCAUCACGACUACGAAUACUCCUCAAAUAGCGGUAGUCGUUACGCUGGUAGCGACCGUCACUACUCAUCAUCGAAUGAAGAAAUGUAUCCGCCGCCUCCAUCCUCCAGGUAUGCCAGUGCUUCGUAUGACUACGAAGAAGAGGCUGGGCCCCACGGUUCUUCCCACGACUACUACGAGUCGCCGGAUUAUCCUGUGCAACGAUCGAUGAAAUUCGAGGACUCAUCUCAUAGCCGCGCAUGGAAGUCAUACAAGACAACGACAACCGGCGCCGGGGGCUCGGGCGCAAGCUCGCGCUACCGUGCCGCCCCCUACUCACGUCCCGCUAAGUAAAUGUUUCCAAGACUAAUGCGAUCCAUCCUAGAUGUAUUACUCAAGGAUUAAAACUCAGCGCCGCAUUAUUCGCCUUUAUCAUAAUUUCUGUUGACGUAUCAUCAGUAGUGACGAUAUCGAUUCUUCUUUUUGUGAUUCUCUAGAUUACAAUACGUAUAUAUUUACUCAAUUCUUACGUAAUAUUUUUAUUUUAGUUUAUUAGAUUUCACCAUCUUAUAAAGUUGAUUUUUUUUACAACUAGCUAAAAUCAAUGGAUCAUGGGCGUCAACCGAUGGUUUGUGCGGGGGAAGGUUUAUUGCAAUUGCGUGCCGAAAUAGCUAAUGUACUUUUUCACUUCCUUCGAAUUGAAUUACAUUAUAAUUAAUAACAAUUGUGGCCUAAUUAUGCAAAAGAGAGUUUAAGGACUAACAAAAAAAAUCGAUUCACUUUAAAAAUUAAAAAUUGUAACCUAUAUGCCAUGCCAUAAGUUAUGAUAAGAAAACAAAAAAGAAUACAUUAAUAGAACGCAGGAAAACUUAAAGAAAGUUAAGGACCUCACAAAGUACCGCGAACAAACUAAUCAGAAUGCUACGGCAAACCUAAACCUUUUACUGAGUUUCAACUUCAUUUGUUAAGUUGUAGCAUGAAGUGCUACGUCCAUUUAGAGAAACAAAAUGAAUUAAAUAGAGAAUUUAAUUGAGGACUAGAAAUAGUUCAACCGUUGACGUGCAUCCUUAUAAAUAACAUAAAAUGUAUUUCUCAUCCGACUUCAGAGGGCGAGAUGUUAAUCGUCAAAAGAAAAAUAAACACAACUUUUUCGCUGUAAUUUCUGUAAUACAACAAUUAAAUAAUCACGAUUUCAUUUAAUAUUCAGGUAGGGCAAUAUUAAUGCAGUAGAAUUAAACUGUAGUUUAUAGGUGUUUUAGAUGAUGUCUUGAUCUAAUCAGAAUUCUCACAUUAUCAAUUAUACGAACAAACUUAAACACGAUAAACGAGUUGUUUCAUAAAAAAAUACAUCAGAAAAAAUUACUAAAAGUGUAUCUUCUUAAUCAACCUAAACAUAAUGUCCAACGCUAGCGAGGCGUAAUAUAAGAUGCGUAUAGAACAUGUUUUGUUAAAAAUAAUGGGUAUUGAAUAUGUACGUCACCAACAGUAACUAAUACAUACAGUAAAUGGCGAAUAUUUAAUUUUAAUGCAUUUUUUAUCAUAAUUAUGUAUGACAAUGAUAAUAUAAUAAAAUAAAAAUGAAAUCAAAUUACAUUGUAAAUAAUAAAUACCUUUCCAAAAAUAUUUGUCAAUGUACGCUUAUAUAGACCAGCAUAGAAAACAAACACCAAAAAUCAUAUAAAGAUAUU